AUGACGGCUCAAUCUUACUUGAACCCUGUUGACCAAGGUCAUGACCACUCCAGGGUCCUAGAAAACGAUGUCCCCAUGCAGGGUGCCGGCUUCUAUAAUGCACACUCGGCCCUCCAGGCGGCUGCCAUGCGGCGAGCGUUGCCUUUGUUUGAUACCAUUCCAGUCAGCAAUGUAUCUGAGAGGUUUACUGCCGUCGAGUAUGGGUGUGCCCAGGGAGCAAAUUCAAUCCUGCCAUUCAAGCGCAUUCUCAAGGCUCGCUUCUCCGCCAGCAAUGCAGAGAAACACGAAGCCCAACUCAUCCUCUCAGAUCGUCCGGGCAACGAUUUCAACACCCUCGUGCAAACCAUCAAUCAGAUAGAGUGGCUUCCUAACCUGCUCAAGGGGCACUCAAUCUUCGCGUCCAUGGCGGCCAAGAGCUUCUACGACUGCGUCGUCCCGAGUAACACCGUGGAUGUCGGAUUCUCCCUGGCGACUCUCCAUCACCUGGAACGAUCGCCCUCGCACACCCCCGCAUCAAACAAUGCAGACGGAAACCAGGACUUGAACCGCCAACAGGCACACGAGGACCUAACUCGCUUCCUGACUCUGCGCGCUCAGGAGUUCCGACAAGGCGGCUCCUUGAUUUUAUCCUUUGUGAGUCAAUCGUCGACAGGAGUCCCCAAUUACCCGGACCUGGUGGAUGCCUGUCGACAAGCCAUGAUCCAGAUGGUCAUGAGCGGGAGGAUAUCCCCCGAGGUAGCUGGCGUGUUCCAAGUCCCUACCUACGAUCGGACGUUAGAGGACGUCCGGAUGUCCUUGGCUCAGGUCAAGGACGUUUGGCAGACAGAGGAGCUCUUCGAGGCGGAAAUCACCCAUCCCGCGUACGAGCGGCUGCAAGCCCAAGCCCGUGGCGGCGAGACUGAAACAGAAAUGGCUAGCCAAUUGUACGCGGAUACUGUGGUGGAUUGGAUGAUGGCCGUCAUCGCGGGAUACUUUGCCAAAGCGUUGCAGGUGGCGGCACCUGGGCUGGACGACGACGCCCGUAAGGGAUUAUUGACGGAAUGGAGCAAGCGAACUAAGGAGAUUUUCCUGAACGAACACCGGGAUAGUAAAGUGAGCUGUUGGUUUAUUUUUGUCAAACUCCUUCGUAUUUAG